AUAAUGGGUGUUGUUGUGAAGGAUCCUCUUUUCCCUCGAAAAACAUGUUUAAAAAUGGCCUUUCAUCAGUAUUGUUGUUUAUCCUUCUGAACAGUGCAAAUGUGUAGUUCAUGUCAGGAUCAAGAUUGAUUACAACAGGAAAUGUUUCUUCACAGUUCAACAUAUAUUUGCCAUAUGCUCUGUAGACCAGAAUACAUGAUGCACUCUGCUCAUCAGGAGUACAGGUGAUUUCCAAACUUGAGCCAAGCAGGGAGAUGCUGGCAUUCUUCAGGACACAUGCGCAGCACUUGGUCUGUGUUCCGAGGCAGCCAAUGAGCGAUCAUAACGAAACAAAGGCCGUGGGAUCUUCAAUGGUAGCACUGUAUUCUCCAUCAGCAGGUAGAAUGAAAACAGUUCCAUUUGUACCAUUGUUGGCAUCAAAUUCAACCGUAUCAUUAUAAACAGAUACAGUGUGCACUUGCUCCUAGGGUAAAUGAGGAAAGUUACAAAUGCCACUAAUGAGGAGA